CGGCUUCCUUCGGGAGACGCUCGCCCGGGCCUCGGCUCCUCUUCGGCGGAGCUCGGCUGACGCUCGUCCCCUCGGGCUCGGCUCUCUUCGCCCGCGCUCGGCCGCGGCCCGGAAGGGCGCCCAUGGAGCGGGGACUGUCGGCGCGACCCACGGCGAUGGCGCCGCUGCUGGAGUACGAGCGGCAGCUGGUGCUGGAGCUGCUGGACGCGGACGGGCUGGUGGUGUGCGCCCGCGGGCUCGGCGCCGACAGGCUCCUCUACCACUUCCUCCGGCUGCACUGCCACCCGGCCUGCCUGGUGCUGGUGCUCAACACGCAGCCGGCCGAGGAGGAGUAUUUUAUCAAUCAGCUGAAGAUAGAAGGGGUGGAGCACCUCCCCCGCCGGGUGACCAAUGAGAUCGCCAGCAACGGUCGCUAUGAGGUUUACACGCAAGGAGGUGUGAUCUUUGCAACCAGCAGGAUACUCGUGGUUGAUUUUUUGACUGAUAGAAUACCUUCAGAUUUAAUUACGGGCAUCUUGGUGUAUAGAGCUCACAGAAUAAUCGAGUCUUGUCAAGAAGCGUUCAUCUUGCGCCUCUUUCGCCAGAAAAACAAGCGAGGCUUUAUUAAAGCUUUCACGGACAACGCUGUUGCCUUCGAUACCGGUUUCUGUCACGUGGAAAGAGUGAUGAGGAACCUUUUCGUAAGGAAGCUCUAUCUGUGGCCCAGGUUCCAUGUAGCGGUAAACUCGUUUUUAGAACAGCACAAACCUGAAGUCGUAGAAAUCCAUGUUUCUAUGACACCUGCCAUGCUUGCCAUACAGACUGCUAUACUGGACAUUUUAAAUGCAUGUCUAAAGGAACUAAAAUGUCAUAACCCAUCGCUGGAAGUCGAAGAUUUGUCUUUAGAAAACGCUAUUGGAAAACCCUUUGACAAGACAAUCCGCCAUUAUCUGGAUCCUUUGUGGCACCAGCUUGGAGCCAAGACCAAAUCCUUGGUUCAGGAUUUGAAGAUAUUACGAACUUUACUGCAAUAUCUUUCUCAGUAUGAUUGCAUCACAUUUCUUAAUCUUCUGGAAUCCUUGAGAGCAACAGAGAAGGCUUUUGGUCAAAAUUCAGGUUGGCUGUUUCUUGACUCCAGCACCUCGAUGUUUGUAAAUGCUCGAGCAAGGGUUUAUCGUGUUCCGGAUGCCAAAAUGAGUAAAAAAGGCAAAAUGUCCGAAAAAGUGGAGAUUAAAGAAGAACAAGAAACAAAAAAGGAGCUGGUCCUAGAAAGCAACCCAAAGUGGGAAGCGCUGACUGAAGUACUGAAAGAAAUCGAAGCAGAAAAUUCAGAGAGUGAAGCCCUGGGUGGUCCAGGUCAAGUACUGAUUUGUGCAAGUGACGACCGAACGUGUUCCCAGCUUAGAGAGUACAUCACCAUGGGAGCAGAGGCCUUCUUGCUGAGACUCUACCGGAAAGCCUUCGAGAAGGACGGCAAAGCUGAAGAAGUGUGGGUGACUUUCAGAAAGGAGGAAGGAGCAAAGAGAACUGGGAAAUCUAACAAGAGACCCAAAGACCCCCAAAACAAAGAAAGAGCUCCUGCCAAAGAGAGGGCUCUCAAAAAGAAAAAGCGAAAGUUAACGUUAACUCAGAUGAUGGAGAAACCUGAAGACCUUGAAGAGGAAGGGGACAGCAAAGAAGGAUACCCUAGAGACCUGUGCAGCAGCCCAGAGAGCUGCUUAGGAGACAUCCAGCACGAGGAGUUUGAUUUAAACUUGUCCUCAGAUGCCGCUUAUGGGAUUCUGAAAGACCCCCUCACCAUCAUCCACCCACUUCUGGGUUGUAGCGACCCCUAUGCUCUGACGAGGGUACUCCACGAAGUAGAGCCAAGAUACGUGGUUCUGUAUGACGCAGAGCUAACCUUCGUGCGUCAGCUCGAAAUUUACAGGGCAAGUAGGCCCGGGAAACCUCUCAGGGUUUACUUUCUCAUAUACGGAGGUUCGACCGAGGAACAGCGCUAUCUCACUGCUUUGCGGAAAGAAAAGGAAGCUUUUGAAAAACUUAUCAGGGAAAAGGCUAGCAUGGUUGUCCCGGAAGAAAGGGAAGGCAGAAGUGAAUCAAACCUGGACCUGGUGAGAGGCUCCGUGUCCGCAGGGGAUCCCGCCGACACUCGGAAAGCAGGUGGCCAAGAACAGAAAAGUGUCCAGCAAACUAUAGUGGUGGACAUGCGUGAGUUUCGAAGUGAACUUCCAUCUCUGAUCCAUCGUCGGGGCAUUGACAUUGAGCCGGUGACCUUAGAGGUCGGAGACUACAUUCUGACUCCGGAAAUGUGUGUGGAACGCAAGAGCAUCAGUGACUUGAUCGGCUCUCUAAACAACGGCCGCCUCUACAGCCAGUGCGUCUCCAUGUCCCGCUACUACAAGCGGCCAGUGCUGCUGAUUGAGUUUGACCCCAGCAAGCCUUUCUCCCUCAUCGCCCGAGGUGCCUUCCAUCAGGAGAUCUCCAGCAACGACGUUAGCUCCAAGCUCACUCUGCUCACCCUGCACUUCCCCAAACUCCGGAUCCUCUGGUGCCCGUCCCCCCAUGCCACCGCCGAGCUGUUCGAGGAGCUGAAACAGAAUAAGCCGCAGCCCGAUGCGGCGACAGCCAUGGCCAUCACAGCAGAUUCUGGAACCCUCCCCGAGUCAGACAAGUAUAACCCUGGACCCCAGGACUUCUUGUUGAAGAUGCCCGGGGUGAAUGCCAAAAACUGUCGCUCCUUGAUGAACCACGUGAAGAGCAUUGCGGAAUUAGCCAGCCUGUCACAAGACGAGCUCGCUAGUGUUCUGGGGAACGCCGCGAAUGCGAAGCAGCUUUAUGACUUCAUUCACACCUCUUACGCAGAGAUCCUAUCCAAAGGGAAAGGGAAGAAAUGAACAAUGGUGGCUGUUUACUUACCCAUCCGUGACUGUGCUUUUCGACUGCUCUCUGCCAGCUGCAAUAGGUCAUUAUGAAUUAUUAGCUCAGUCUUUCAUUCUCUCCCCUUGUUUUUAAUGUUUGUGCUGUGUUUCCUAGUUCAGUGGGUCAGAAGCCAAGGUUUCUCCCUGAGCUUUGCAUUUAAGCACCUUUUUAACGUUCUCGUGCCAGCUCUCCCUCCCUCCCUGCGCUGUCCGUCCAUGCCUGGGUGCGUGUGUUCAGUUUUUAAAUACAGAGUAUCAGGAUCAGGUAAAGGUUCUAUAAGCUUGCAGAAGGCCACGUUUGAGACAAGCUGAAGUUGACGUGUCCUGCACAGACUGACAAAGCCCGCGAUCGUGUUUUCACCCUCUGUCUGCAGAGGCCCGGGAACUCUGAGAAGGAAACAUUUCUUUGCCAUUCCUGACCAGCUUCUCCCCACAUCUUCCUCAGACCUCCUUCUGUCACCUGUCUGCCUCUGAGAAAACUCAUGGGGGCGGCCUCCUAAUUUAAGACAACCACCUCUAAACCUGACCGGUUCGUUUUCUAGUCACCUGAAUAGAUACAGAUGAAGCCCUCAGUUGUUCCAAACAAGUAUUUUUAAAACAUAAAAUGAAUUACCUAUUUACAGAAUUUUAUAGUGUUGAUGAGGAACGCCUAGAAUUCUGUUUUUACUGAUAGUUAACGUCCUAAAGAGUUUCGUUUUCCUUCCUUGAGUUAAAAGGACUGUAAGUAACUGGAAAAUCAAUUUGUAGAUUAUAUAAAAUUCUAAAUAAAUAUAUAUAUAUGUAUUUAAAACAUUAUAAAGAGCCCUGGCCGAUAUGGCUUAUGAGUUGGUUGAGUAUCAUCCUGUGCACUGAAAGGUUGCCCAUUUGACCCCCAGUCAAGGUGUGUGUGGGAGGCAACCGAGUGAUGUUUUUCUCUCUCUCCCUCUUCCUUCCUCUCUCAAAAAAAACACACAAAACAAUAAAAAACAUUUUUUAAAAAUUCAUAAAGAAAACAAUCUCAUUGUAAACCUGAUUUAUUUGACUUUUAAGGUGUAUAUAAGGGCCAUUCAUAACAUCUUUGUGCAGUUUUUAAACUUUAUAUUUAAACAUUAUUAACUUAAGUAUUUCACAUAUUUAAGAAUGAGUAGUAAAAUUUCUACCUCAAGGGCUGAUGUAGACAUCAGUUCCACUAGCCAUGUCCCAGAGAGUAAUGUUUCUUUAGGUCGGCCAUGUUUUUGUUUGUUACAUUAAGUCUCAACUCCGAGGAUACAGUGGUAAAUGCCCUCUCUAAACGGAACCUCACUGAUUCCUCGGUUUCUUGGUAUGUUAAUGAAUGUUAAUACAGUUAAAGUAUAUGUGGAUUUUGCAAGGAUACUGCACAAAUGAAUUGAGGGGCAUCAAAGAGUCCUAUUGGUUAUUGUAGAACUCUAUUGAGAGAUUUGGAGAGAAGAGGACAAAAAACAAAAAUUAGUUUAAGGUAGAUGAAAGAUUUGGGCUACUAAUUUUGUUUAAAAUAGGGUUUAAAAUAUACCCUUGAGAACAGAAAGCAAAAAUGUGAGAUACACAUGUAUUUUACAUUAAAAUCAUAAUUAAAAGGAGCGUCAAAACUAGCCGUGCCACCUCAAAUAAUCAUGGUUACUAUCAUUUUUAUUCACCCCAUUCCAUCACUUUAUCUUGAGGUAUGUAAUUUCUAUUUUAUGAUUUCUUCUCUUACAUUCCAUCUGCCUUUUAUUGUUCUUUUGUUACAUAAAAGGAAAAACCUGACAUAGCACAUUCUUUGAUAAGGGUUUUAUUACAAGUUAAAUUUCCAAAAAUAAUCUCUUAAAGCUUCCAUUUUAAACAAUUCUAGUUAUUAGUACAACUGAGGUAACAGUGUUCAUUGUAUUUAGAAAGCAGUGGCCCCUGACUCUCAAGUUCUGUUACUGGCCAUUGUACCGAGUGGACAUUUGAAAACAGGUGCAUCGCCUUGUGUAUAUUUGACUUACCAGUGAUAGUGUCUAAUGACUCUCCCUGCCGUGUACUCUCCCAAACUUACUUGUAUGUAUUUUAAAUGUGUCUUUAGUUGUGGGAACCAUCAUGUGUUUACUUUUAUCAAAUAUUUUUUAAAAUGUUUACAAUCCGUGGCAAAGGAACUAGACAUGCACAGUUGAAAAAUUCCAAUAACACUUUAUAUUCUAGCAUCAUUUUGUUAGCUCUGCCUCUUUCUUUGAAAGUCAGAGAUAUCCAGUAUACAUAUGAACUUACACUUAGCUUUUUAAAAACUUGAGCUCGGCAUUAUUUUACUUGACGUUUUCUACAUAAAAACUUGAGCAUAUGAAAUCAGUGUGAUACGUUGAUUUGCUUACAUCGUUGUGCCGCUGAGUUUCCUUAAAAUCAUACAAGAAGAAAUCAUUGUUAAUAGUGGCCGUAAAUAAUGUCCUUUGACAAUAAGUUGCUGUUUCUUCAAUCUGUUUCUUCCAUCUGAGGCUUCAUAUGUCUACGUAUGUUUUCGUGCAGCCAGAAAGCAGUUUCCCAGCGCAUGGGGGACUAAAAAUAACGUUGGUCCCAUUCGUGAACCCAUUGGGAACAUGGAGGGUUAAUCUAGAUUUGGUUGUGUGGAGAGCGUAAAAUCAAUAAAUGGCCUUGAACAGGAACGCCUGCACUGAAGCAGAUCCGAAGUAACGGGUGGGGGCAAAGUGGCAGACAUUAGUCUUUGCUUUUGUUUUUCAAGCAUAAUUUGAUUUUCCUUUGGCUCAGAAAGCCCUUUAGGGAAAUUCCCUUCUCUUUGGUGUUUAGUUGAAACUAGAAAUGUCCUCUUAAAAACCAACUUUGUAGGAAAAUUCUUUUCUCGGGCUUAAGUAUAAUAUAUAAAAAUGUAUCCAGGCUUCUGCACGAGUUGUCAUUUUUUUUUCUUAAUUAUUGCGCGGUGUAUUUUGAAUUACAACUCUUUCCUGUUUGAUUCUCAACUUCAGUACUUCAUUUACUGUCUUUAUCCACAGGUUUUUCAUGGCUUACGGGACUGUGAUUUGAUUUACGGGUAGGGAAGCCAACAUUGGGGUGGGAUGGAGACACAAGUGAUUUAUAUCAAUUUGUAACAGAGUUUGUGUGUUUUUAAUAAAAUGUGUAUUUAUUCAGUAUUUUCCUUAGCACCCUGUGGGUAAAGUAAAAAUAACAAUACAUACUGAAAGGGCAUAAAUUUCCCAGUGCAUUAUAUAUAUCAUUGUGUUAGUAAUAUAAUUUGUGAUUCAGAGAGUAUUUAGUUUGGUUUCUUUUUUGUUCUGUAGAAUAAAUGAUUAAAGCUGAACUGCUCUUUGAACCACUGCUA